ACUCUUAUUUCCUUUCUGGUGAUGUGAACGAGUGUGUGCUGUUUAUUGUGAAGUUCAACAGUUUAACUCCGUUUUCGUUUCAACAAACAAAGACUUCUAAUGCCUUAAGGAAAAGUGUUUCUAUAUAUAUAUCUAUAUAUAUAUUUUGGUUAAACUUCGAUUUAAUGGUUAUAAACUCGAGGACAUAUACACAUAACUUUUGAAUUACUGUGCUCCUAAAGUUAAGAGUUGCAUUUUUUGAAUUUUACACAUUGAAAACUACUACAGUCAUUUUAUAUCCAUUAAAAUGUAUUCUUCAAACUUAACAAACUCCUUAACCACGCAAACUAUAAUUGGACUUGGUAUGGUUAACUUUUAAUAGAUGCUUAUAAAAGGAAUGAUAAAGAAAUUUUUUGAAUAUACGUAUAUGUACUAUAGUAAUAAUUGAAAAUGGACACUUCAUGGAAGAACACUCGUGACGCUUUAAAAGACUUUGCAAAUAUGUUAAAGUGUAACAAAUGUGGAAAUGAGCCAAUAAAUGCAACAAGAUACACCAGUUGUGGUCAUUUCUUUUGUAAACAGUGUGUUGGGAAUGAUUCACUAUGUAUAAUAUGUAAGAUACCUGUACAGCCCAUUGAAACAUGUAGCGAUCAUGUAAUUGAGAGUCUUGUAUCUCAUUGCAAUAAUAUUGCAGAAAUAAUACAGGAAAGAGAUUUAUGGAAUGCAGCCACAACUUCAAAUUCGAUACAGUCACCUAACAGAAUCAAUUCUACAGUAUGUAAUUUAAAAUAUCGCAUACCAAAAAAAAAUAUUAAUAAACAGAACAGUAAAGGAGAAACACAAUUACAUACUGCGUGUUUGAAGGGGAAGAUACAAGAAGAUCAUAUAAAAGUUCUAUUAGCUGCUGGUGCAAAUCCAAAUACAAAGGAUUAUAACGGUUGGACUCCUUUGCAAGAAGUUGUAAGUUAUGGUUAUAGCGACAUAUGUUAUUUACUACUAAAAUGUGGUGCAUUACCAAAUACACCUGGUGAAGGAAACAGAACGGCGUUACAUGAAGCUGCUAAAGCAAAUAGAUUGUCAGAAGCAAAACUGCUAUUAAAAUAUUCAGCUAACAAAAAUGUGUAUGAUGAUUAUGGAAAAAGACCUAUAGAUUAUUGCGAGCCAUACAGUAGGAUGUGGAAUAUUUUGAAAGAUGAAAAUGAAUUGGAUAAUGUACUUGAAACCACCAAAGAUCUUAGUCAUACUUUAAAUAAAUCACUUUCCAUGGCAUUUGAUAUGGUUGUUAUAUAUAUGUCAGAUUUACAAGAAAAGAAUAAAAGAUAUCUGAAUGAAAUAGCGUCAAAGAAUAAAAUUAAAAUUGUAUCUAGAUUUCAAUCAUCUGUGACUCAUGUCAUAGUAGAAGCUAAUAGUGAAAAUGUCGUACAACCGUCAUAUGACGUAAUGAUGGCACUUUUACACGGAGCUUGGUUACUUAAUACCGAGUGGAUUCAAUUAGGAAUGGAUAUAAGCGAAAUACUAAAAGGAGAUUUAGAAAUAUUUGAAGUUAGUGGUACACCGAUUAAAGGUAUCCCAAAGAAAGCUAGAGAAAAUGCACAAAAACAGAAUCCAGGUCUCUUCAAUCGAUGUUAUUUUUAUUUUGCGUGGCAGUCAAAAAACGUUUAUGCAAAUGGUAUACAAUUAACAAAAGAGGCAUUAAUAGCACUAGUACAAGAGGGUGGUGGAACAGUUUUGAAAAGAGAACCAAAUCCAGAAAAUAUAAAAGACCAGGGAUUAUUUAUUCCUUUUCACAUUGCGAAUGAACCUACUCAUUCUUUAUAUAAAUGUACACAUUAUAUCAUAUAUGUACCAGAAAAAGAUGAACCACGUAUAAAAUAUAAUAUGCCUCAUAUAAAAACACUUCCGCUUAUAUGGCUAAUUGAAUGCAUAGAAAAAUUUACAUUAAUUGAUCCAUUGCAAUUAGGUCUACUUAAACUUUAAUUAUUACUAUUAUUACUAUUAUUAUUACUAUAAUUAUUAUUAUUAUUACAUGUUUUGUGUAUGUAAUUGUAUUUUGUGUCUAUAAUUGCUUUACUAGAACUAAUAAAGAAGUGCUAUUAACUAGUAAA